AGCCUGUGGCACAUUGCAAAAACAAAAUUAAACCAUAGAACUAGAGCAAAAUGUAAAGAGUAGAAGCUGUAAUGUUGUUACUAAUAAUAACAGUAAGUUUUGUCUUUAUCGAAGGAUACGAAACCAUAGAGAACAAUGAGGCAACCACACUGAGUCACCGAAGGGGGCAGCAAACGGCACGGAUUCCGAAAAUAAACGAAGAAGAAAACGAGGCGGUGGGAUAGCAACGGGGAAUGAACAAGGAGACGCCGUAGAUGUUAAAUGCCUAGCUUGGCGGUUGUUGUCGUGUAGUACGCCUCUCGUUCAGUACACAUUGCUGUGUUGUUCGUUAAUAAUUGACUAAACGUCAUCGUUUAUUACAAUCUCUUCUCGGUUGGACUUUAAAGCUUCUCGUGCUAGCUUAGCUUGCUAGCUGCUAAAAAGGAGUCGCGGAAGUUAGCGACACAUGCUAAGUGUUGCGAUUGUGUGAAAAUGUGUAAAGUCCAAAUACUGAGAGCGUUGGUAAACGAGCGACUCACCGCUGCCGUCGAGGAAAUAUUUGUUGUGUUGGAAGGAACAAUAGCAGAGUACGAGGAGGAACUUUGUCGGACGAAAGAGGAGAACGAGCGACAACGUCAACUGCUGGACGCUGUUUUCAAGCCUCAGAUUGGGUCGCGCAGAGCAGACGUCAAUGAAGGAGCUCUUCCCCCUGAGCAGCAGGAGUGGAGCUCCAGGGUGGUGCAGGAGGAACCACAGCCCCCCCACAUUAAAGAGGAAGUGUGGCUUCAGGGGGAAGUCGAUGCCAGCAAGUUUCCAGUGACUUGUGUGAUUGUCAAGAGUGAAGAUGAUGCUGAAGAUGAAGCUCAGUGGUCUCGGAGUGAUGGAAGUGAGGAGAAGAGAAGCUCAGACGGAGGCAGCCUCUUGGCACCGCUAUCGAAUAGUGACGACACAACGUCCCACUCUCCUGAAACCGAUGAUGAAGACUCCAAAGCUGACAACACACACUUUAAAUGCGACAAAACUUUGAAGACACACAUGAUGAUCCACACGGGAGAAAAAACAUUCAGCUGCUCGGUUUGUGGUAAGGCAUUUAUACGACAGGCACAUUUGAUUUCGCACAUGAGAACACACACCGGUGAAAAACCAUUUACAUGCUCAGUUUGCGGGGAAAGAUUCUCACUUAAAGGCAAUUUGAUCCGACACACACGAACGCACACAGGAGAGAAACCUUUCUCGUGUUCGGUGUGCGACACACGUUUCAGUGUUCGUCCAGCGCUGAUCCAACACAUGAGGACACACACCGGUGAGAAGCCUUUUCUAUGUUCCUUUUGUGGCGAGAGGUUCUCCCAACGGGGGCAUUUGAUAGGACACACACGGACACACACGGGAGAAAAACCUUUUUCCUGCUCAGUUUGUGGGAAAAGGUUCUCCAUCAAAGGCACUUUGAAAGUCCACACAAGAACGCACACUGGUGAGAAACCAUUCAGUUGCCACGUGUGUGAUAAAAGAUUUUCUUAUAAGCACCAGCUUAACAAACACAAGUGCGCUGGCGAGAGCAGCAGCAGUCAAACACUUUUCCCUUGCUAAGAUUGUACAAAUGCUUCAGACGCUUGCUCUUGGAUUUAAUGUCUUUGUAGGAGCUAUUUAUUAGUGUGUUCCUAGGUUUCUGAUAUCUGUUGAUUUAUUUUUUGUUGUUGUUGUUUUGUUUGGAUUACUUGAUAAUAUUUUCUUGUUAUUUAUUUUGUUUAUCUAUCAUAUUUUGUUGGGGUUAAUUAGUCGUUAAUUUCUGGGUUUAUUUCAUUGGAUAACACCCUGGGCACUUGCAAUAUAUUUAGGUAGGCAGUGCUCAUAGGACCAGCAUGCACCGGGGUGGGCCUAUGGUUUUUGUACCAGCGCAAGAGAGGCAACAGGAAAAGGCCUUUGUUCCUUUUUUGUUUGUUUGUUUGCUUGCUCGGUAAUAAAAGGAAAGAAGAAGAAACGGAACAAGAUUGUUUGGACAAUGACUCUUUUGCCUGCGUAAAACAAAACCCAUGGUGCAUCAGUGGCCUUUUGAUUAUAGCGUAAGUUACGUUUAUUAAUUUAGUGAAGGACAAAUAGCCACUACAGUCUUGGUUUAUUGAAAUGUAUGUCCAAUAAUCCUGUUUGGAAACACGUGGAGAUGUGACCCCAAAUAAAAGUUGUGAAUCAGCACCCCGAAAUGACAGCCAGGGUGUUUGGGUAAGCCAUGAAGACACACUUUAAAAAUAGGUCCUAAUUAGAUAGAAAAUACAGUUGGGAA